AUGGCCGCCCCAGCAACCGUUACGUCUCUGCCAGAAUACCACUACCCGGAACAGACCCAGGAGGAGUUAGAAUGGGCGUCCCUAGAAGCGCUCGACAUCUCGCGCCUGGAUCAACCAGGAGGCAAGGAGGAGCUGGCGGCCCAGGUCCUGAGUUUCAUUGACAAGAACGGCUUUUUCUAUGUGAAAGGCCACGGUCUCACGGAUGCAGAGAUCAGAAACCAGUACGCUAUCGGGCGGGAAUUCUUCAAGCUCCCAUUAGAAGAGAAGCAGAAGUAUCUGGCUAACACGGCCGCCGGGGACUUUCGCGGCUAUAAACCGCAAUCAACGGGAGAGCUGGCAGCGAGGGACAAUGACGAGAGGUAUAACAUCCCCAAGUUCACCCCGGAGCACGAGCGGCCGCAUCCAGAGAUUAUCACCCAGCACUUGGAGGAGAUCAAGAGGUUCUCGCUGCACAUCCACAACAAGAUUCUGCUACCGCUCCUGCGUCUCUUUGCAUACGUCUUGGAGGUAGACGAAAACUACUUCGUCAACCGCCAUCGGUAUGAUGCACAGGGCCUGGAGUACCUGAGAUAUAUGCUAUACCACCCUCGCACUGCCGAGGAGGACGCAAAACUCAACAACAUCUGGGCGCGAGGACACACAGACUACAACACCCUGACCUUCCUCUUCCACCAACCCGUCGCCGGGCUCCAGGUCCAAACGAAAGACGGCUGGAAAUACGUCCGCUCAAGCCCUGACUCCAUCAUCGUUAACGUCGCCGACGCCCUCGAGUUCCUAAGCGGCGGCUACCUGAAAUCCACCGUCCACCGCGUCGUCCGGCCACCUGAGGACCAAGCCAGCCGACCACGUCUCGGACUGAUCUAUUUCGCUCGCCCCGAGGCGAACAUCGCUCUGGCGCCCGUGCAAAGUCCGCUUUUGCAACGUCUCGGCUUGCAGAAGGGCGUGGAUGAGUCGCUUGGGAGCGUCACUGCUGAAGAGUGGGCGAGGGCGCGCAUCGCGAAGGAUCAUCGCUUCAGGACGGGGAUCGCGAAGCAGCGCGAGAGAGAGAUCAUUGCGGGCGUGAGCGAGAAAUAUUAUGACUAG